UCAGCUUAACUCAAUAACUCUCAAAUCUUGUUUGGGCUUGGCAUGUUUUUAUUUGGGAAAUUGUGCAUUGGAAUGUCCAAACUUGAAAGAAAUUACAUUAGUUGACUGUCCAGAGAUGGUUGCAUUUGCAUCUACUGUUUCAAAAGAGCUGGACAUAGAGAUCACUGAUGGAGGAAAUCCGAAGAUGCUUGGGAAGGGCAUAUCUGAUGUCCCUGUUAAACCCUUUUUCAGUGAUAAGGUGUCAUUACCUGUGUUAAAAGAUUUGACAAUCAUAGACAUGGGGAACUUGGAAAGGUUAUGGGAUGACCAACUUGAGAUGAAGUCCUUCUUCAAAUUAAAGCACUUUAAAGUGCAUAGUUGUGUGAAACUAUCGAACAUUUUUCCACUUGCUAUGCUGGGAAGACUUCAGACCCUAAAAAAUCUGGAAAUAGUGGAGUGUGCUUUGCUAGAAGAAAUAUUUGAACCUGAAUUCGCUGAGGCAGAAAAAAACACUAAGUUUGUAUUUCCUCAAGUGACAUACCUGAACCUUUCUAUGCUACCAAAACUGAAGAGUUUCUACUCUUGUGGGCACACUACAGAAUGGCCAUCAUUGAGAAAAAUGGAUGUUUGUGGAUGUGACAAAGUGGAGAUAUUUGCUUUGGAAUGCCCGAGCUCCCAAGAAAAACAAGAACAAAGCCAGCUUGUACCUAUUCAGCAACCCUUAUUUUGGAUAAACAAGGUAUGCAAAACAUGUCCACAGGAUGCAUUAAAUUUGCAUUUCCUAUUCUAAUGAAGCAUAUAGUAAAUCCAGAUGAAUGUCUUCUAUUUUUAUUAUAAAUCCACGUUCAUCUACUCUCUUUUCUGUUUAGCAAGCUAGCUUAUCCUGAUCUGACUUGAAUUAAAUGUUCACUAACUAAAAAGAAAAAAAAAAGACGGUGGGGGGUAUGAAAAAUAGUAUUAGUAUUAUGUGACAUUGAGAGUUUCAGGAAAAUUCAUCCAAUGCAAAUGUGUCUGGAUAUGUAAUAGGUAGUAGCCAUAAUUCUACAUUCUUUAUGUAAUUCAUCAUUGCUUUUGUUUAACACAUUUAUCAAUUGCCCAGGUCACGUUCCCCUGUUUAGAAGAACUGAGAUUGGAGUGCAAUGGCAUCAUGAAAGAGAUAUGGCAUGGACAACUUCCAGAAGGGUAUUUAAAACUAAAAGUUCUUGAGCUCAUAAAUUUUCCUGCACAAGUGACUGUUCUUCCAUCUUAUUUCUUUCAGUCACUAUCAAAUCUUGAAA